UAUUUGGAAGGGGGAAGAAAAGAUAUAGGGAAAUGUGAUUUAGACGGUGGGGUACCGUUGUAUCAACUCGCUGAGCUGAACGGGGACGGCACAGGAUCGAAGACGCAGAUGGACGAAAUCGGAAGCGGCGGCUGGCGGUGUUCGGCUGCCUCACGUGAUUGGCUGUCGUUUCGGAGCGUCUCCCCCGCGCGACAGUUUUGUUAAAGCUCGAACCGGACGAUCUUUGUGCUUAUUUGCGAUCCCGGCACUUUGUGAUCUUUGUAUCUGUGAUCGCCCCCACUCAGCGGCCCCCUCCUUCGCACGCAGCCCGGCGCCUCGGAAAUGGUGGCGCUUGCAUUUGCUCUUUGCACGCGGGACGGAGAUGGAGGUUUUGCUUAGGAAUUCAUGCGGUAAACAGACACGAUGAAGGAAAAAAGCAAGAACGCCGCCAGAAGUCGAAGGGAGAAAGAGAACGCGGAGUUCCUGGAGUUGGCCAAGUUACUCCCACUCCCCGCCGCCAUCACCUCGCAGCUCGACAAGGCUUCAAUAAUACGACUCACAACCAGUUACCUCAAAAUGCGACAUGUCUUCCCUGACGGCCUGGGCGACGCGUGGGGCGCGGCUCCCCCCCAGACUAACCCCCGAGAGACAGCUAUCAAGGAGCUGGGAUCACAUCUCCUGCAGACGCUGGACGGGUUCAUCUUCGUCGUGGCUCCUGACGGCAAGAUCAUGUACAUUUCCGAGACCGCGUCUGUCCACUUGGGACUCUCGCAGGUCGAACUCACCGGGAACAGCAUCUACGAGUACAUCCAUCCUGCCGACCACGAGGAAAUGACGGCUGUGCUGAACGUCACUCCGCAACCCGUCCCCCAUUCUCCCUACGUCAGACAAGAUGAGGAGAUAGAGAGAACCUUCUUUAUAAGAAUGAAGUGUGUCUUGGCGAAAAGGAAUGCCGGUCUUACCACAGGUGGCUAUAAGGUGAUCCAUUGCUCCGGUUACCUGAAGAUCAAGCACUACACGCUGGACAUGGCGCCCUACGACAGCUGCUACCAGAACGUGGGUCUUGUGGCCGUCGGACACUCGCUGCCGCCCUCCGCCAUCACAGAGAUCAAAAUGCACUCCAAUAUGUUCAUGUUUAGGGCCUCGCUCGACCUCAAGCUCAUCUUCCUCGACGCCAGAGUGGGAGUGCUGACCGGGUACGAGCCCCAGGACCUGAUCGAGAAGACGCUGUACCAGUAUAUCCACGGCUGUGACAUGCUGCAUAUGCGCUACUCUCAUCACAUGUUGCUGAUGAAGGGGCAGGUCACGACCAAGUACUACAGAUUCCUGACCCGCGACGGAGGCUGGGUGUGGGUGCAGAGCUACGCCACCAUCGUCCACAACUCCCGUUCCUCCAGACCGCACUGUAUCGUCGCCGUCAACUACGUUCUUACCGAGGUUGAGGCGCGCGAAGGGAGGUUUUCGUGGGAGCAAGUGGGCGCGGGGCGGGGGGAUGAGGCGGGGGCGUGGGGCGAGGCUGGGAUCAAGAGUAUGGCGGGCGGGCGUCUCAAGUGCCGGACUUCGCCAUACCCCUCCCCCGCCCCCACAGAGGCCCUCCACGACGUCCUGGAGGGCCCACCCGGGGCUUCCCUCCACUACCCUUCCGCCCUGCCCCCUCCCGCCCUGGCCGCGCCCCCGACGCCGUACCCCGACCCGCGCAUCACGUGCUACCCCCCGACGUACGAGGCGUACGACGACCGGUACGUGAGGAGUGAGGCGCACCAGUACCCGGGGUGCGGAGUGGCCCUGGACACCGCGCCCCUCACCGGCCCCGCCUCCACCCCCGCCUGCCACUACAGCGCCACCAAGGGCAGCACCGGCUACGAGGAGCGGCCCUGGAGCCACGGCUCGGGGAGCUCGUCGGCCUCCGAGGACACCCGCCACGAGUACCCCAACAACAACAACAACAACACCAGCAGCAGCAGCAGCACCCCGGGCACCACCUCCACGGUGCCCAUGACCAUGUACCCGCUGCACGACUACUACGCCCACACGCACGACAAGUUCUACACCACGGACAAGCUUCAGUACGGCGGCGACAAGACGCAGUAUUCGGACAAGUUGCAGUACACCGACAAGGUGCAGUACACAGCGGGAGUAGCGGGCGGCGGGGGCGGCGGCGGGUGCGUGAGAGGUGUUUAUAGCUACGUCGACACCGCCCUCACCGCGCCCGCGGAGGCCAGCAUGAGCACGGCCACCAAAAGCCACGUCCUUCCCCAAGCAGGGUACACGUCCGUCAUCGUGGACGCGCAGCAGUACCACGCGCAGAAUGAAUUCGUUCACUAGCUUGUACGUCGGCCAAGGUCGAGCAGCCGGGCCCUCGGCGCGACGGCUCUGGGCCUCCGGAAUCGGUUCAUAUUAACUCACAGUGUUUUGUAGGAGUGUCCUUGCUGGUAUCUCCCGUGUAUGAACGGCUGGGGAAAAAGCAGCAGCUCCACGGAAUCGGUUUAAAGAUAUACGUCAGUCCAUUAAUGCUGGGGAGAACAUAACUAGUACAAGGAAAGAAACUUGAGUUGAUUCCUCCGAAAACUAUCGUCAAUUUGUUUCCGAAAACGGUCCCCACACAAAGCACACAUACUCCUGCAGUCAGACCCAGAAUGCGUAUUGGCGAAUUAUGCAUGGAUCUGAAUACUGAUUGGCUGUUCCAUUAUCAUUCCGAAUAUUGAGUGGCUGAAUCAUCGUCAGGGAUAUUGCUGAUUGGCUCCGCCGUUAUCGGCCUCGGUCCUUCCACUGAUAACGCCCCACGUAGUCUCACGGGAAAGCUAUUCUCUCAAAAAAAAAAA